ACAUGAAUUUUAGUCAACCAGACGAUGAACACUGUGUGGCAAUAUUUGUUAAUGUACCAACAUCUUCUCAUUAUAGCUUUGCAGUCGCUUUUGCCAAAUCUGCUGGAAUGAGACAUUAACAGUUAACAUGAUCCCCACCCAGUUGAUCCAUUACACUUCUGCUUUUAGCUCUUUUACAGAAUCGUUGGGUGUUCGUAUAUAUCCAAGUGUAGAUCACGAGUGCUGGGCCUUCAUCAUGCCGUGCUUCAUCAUCCUGGUCUUCCUCCUGAUACGGUGCUUCAUCUUCACGAGCAGCAGCUGUCAGAGCGACAGGAACCAGGAUCAUCGACCGCGUGUGAGCUGUGUGGGUCAGGGACUGACCGCUGUUCCCCAGGGCAUCCACACAGACACACAGGUCCUGGUCCUCACUGGAAACCAGUUCACUUCUCUGUCCUGGUCCAUGUAUUCUGGAUUCACAGAGCUGCACGAGCUGGACCUGAGCCACAAUAACAUCAGCACACUGCAGCCGCCGGGUCCAGUGCUGGAGAAGCUGAGCGUCUUGCGUUUGUCUGGUAACAUGUUAACUGGUUUGGGAGGACUGGUGUUCCGCUGCGCUCCCAGUCUGAUGGAGAUCUACUUAGACAGGAACCAGAUUGGUUCCCUUCAGAACGACACCUUCAGUGACCUGCCGCGUCUGGAGGUCAUUAAUCUGUCUCAGAACAAGCUUCCUGUGCUCCCUCCUCGUCUCCUGGAUCUCGUGUCCUCCAGCAGCCUGAAGACCUUCGACCUGGAGAAUAACAGUGUCUCGCUGAUGCCCGAUGGGUUCUUCUCAUCCAAACCAGAGCUUCCUUACGUUUACCUGACCCACAAUCCCUGGCUCUGCAGCUGUGCUGUCGGAUACCUCCACAGCUUCCUGAACGACCAGGAACACAACAUCUACAUGCACGAGGGACUUUAUAACAUCAUCUCUGCCGCCGACUCCGUGCUGUGUUCUGGACCUCCUCACCUGCUCAGACGACCCAUCAUUGAGCUGGAGGGGAGCGACUUCUGUCCACCAGAUCCCCCUCAUCCCAGCGGUGACCAAUAUACCAAACCCUGUUGUAUUCUUUCAGAUCUUGAACAUCCCCGUGUUGUUCCGACAAACUAAGUGUAACCUAUUUCCCCAACUCAGACGCCGACUGCUCUACAGGACGCUGCCAGACGCCCACCUGCUCCAUUCCACCAAAUCAUGGACCUCCAUUGAAAAGUAUUGGGUCACUGAGACCUGGACCAACAUCUGGUAUAAAUUCUGGAUAUUUUAUCUCGACUCCUACCAGUCUCUUUCUUCCCACUUAAGCCGUCCAAGAACCAAACACAUGGAAAACACUCACGGUCCAACCAAAAAAGCGGACCAUUAAAACAUGGAAAUAAUUGCCUUAUUUACAUAUACAUCUAUUAAUUCACCAGAAAUGACUUAGUCCAGAUCAAAUGUUUAACAGCUUCAAACCAUUGAUGAAUUGAUCAAAUAGUGUAAAGAUGUGUCAGAUUGCUGUUAUACCUGACAACACAACUGAACCUGUUAUUCGUAAUCUCACCUGUGCUUGUAUACCUGUAUAUUAAUCAUAGUCAGAUGUGUAGAAUUCAUGCAGAAUCUCAUUACGCUUCUAGAUUAGUUAUCCUACAUUCCAUUAUUAUAUAAAAAAUGGACUUUCACAGUUUUUAAGACCUCUUUGGGCCGAUUCCCAAAUCCAUAUAGAGGUCUGGAAUAAAGCAUGUAAUGUAGUAAAAUUAUUACAUUUAAUCAAUGUAACUGAAUAAAGCAGCGAGACACAAGCAGGUCGAGUGAAGUGGUGUUUAUUGGAGCUUUGUGUGACAAACACUGAGAAACACUGUGAGGUUCAGAUGAAGCACGGAUCCGGUUCAGACGGUGGAGAACUUGGGAAGCUGGUUCCCGAGGAUGACCUGUCUCUCCACACCCUGCUCCGAGAUGACCGCUAGUCUGACCACUCCACCGCUGGAGCCGUCCCUCUCCAUGGCCAGAGACAGUGCUGCACAC